AGCGCAGCUUGAAACAACUUCAACAAGCUCCCCUCAAGCCAAGUCUCCCGCCGGCAGCAGCGCCGGUGCAGCAGCUGGUGCAUCAACCGCCGCCGGUGAAAGAACCCCGACCGCUCAAAAUAAACAGCUGCAGAAUGUCAAGGGCCAGGAACAUCCACCGCACCCUUCUAUGGCGUUCCUCCAGAACCGGUCCAUAUCGCUGGUGGACAUGUACAUCGACAACUCGGAGCCGUCAGAGAACGUGGGCCAGAUCCACUUCUCGUUGGAGUACGACUUCCAGAACACCACUCUUAUCUUGAGGAUCAUUCAGGGUAAAGACCUCCCCGCCAAAGAUCUGAGUGGCACCUCCGACCCGUACGUGAGGGUAACACUUCUCCCCGACAAGAAACACCGGCUCGAGACGAAGAUCAAGAGGAGAACGCUCAACCCUAGGUGGAACGAGACUUUUUACUUCGAGGGAUUCCCCAUACAGAAGCUUCAAAGUCGGGUGUUACAUCUCCACGUUUUUGAUUACGAUCGGUUUUCGAGAGACGACUCCAUAGGUGAAGUGUUUCUACCGCUCUGCCAGGUGGAUCUGAGCGAGAAGCCGUCGUUCUGGAAGGCUCUGAAACCACCAGCGAAGGACAAAUGCGGGGAGCUGCUGACGUCACUAUGCUACCACCCGAGCAACAGUGUUCUCACCCUGACGCUGCUGAAGGCGAGGAACCUGAAGGCCAAAGACAUCAAUGGGAAAUCAGAUCCCUACGUAAAAGUAUGGCUGCAGUUCGGCGACAAGCGUAUAGAGAAGCGCAAGACGGCCAUCUUCAAGUGCACCCUGAACCCGGUGUUCAACGACUCGUUUUCUUUCAACGUGCCCUGGGAGAAGAUCAGGGAGUGCUCGCUGGACGUGCAGGUCAUGGACUUCGACAACAUCGGUCGGAACGAGCUGAUCGGACGAAUACUGUUAGCUGGUAAAAACGGCUCCGGCGCUACAGAAACCAAGCACUGGCAGGAUAUGAUCACGAAACCGCGGCAGACCAUCGUCCAAUGGCAUCGUCUGAAACCAGAGUAAAACGUUGUUAAUUAAAAAAUAUAAUAAUAUAUUUUAAAAAAAGAAAACCAGCAAAAAAAGUUAAUACAAAACGUCAUAAGACUGAGCGGUUAACAAAAUAAAAGAAAAAGAAAAUGGCACCUUCGAAAACAAAAAAGAAUCUCUAAUUCUCCGCUGUGAAUUGCAUGACUUUUGAAUCGUUUUUAAUCCUAGAAAUGUUGAAAUAUUUUGUGGAUUAAAUUUACGAUUUACUAUCUCUUGAACACUGACAAUGCGCACUUAUAAUUAUUUUUAAAUUUUAAGUAGUUGUAAAUGUUUAAUUACAUACUUUAAAUUAAAUUUGUCUUAUUAAAAUGAAGUCACUAUAAAAUUUUUUCAUAUUCUGUUUUCAUUCCUAAUACAUUUAAGAAAACAUUAUAAAUUGAAAUAAUUCCAAUAGAGACCUUAUUUUUAAAAUGUAAAAUGUAAGUUUCACAGACAAAUAAAUGGAUUUAGUUGAUAAUUUAUAUUGCGACUUUGUGUUAAUUAAAUAUAUGCGCACAUUUCUAAAUACUCGAAAACAAUUUCUGAAUAAAAACUAUACACUUUAAAAAUCUAUUAAAACUAUUGGAUCUAUGUCCUUGUAACUUAUGCUAAGGUCAGCAUAAAAUUGAAUUCUAAAUCUAUAUAAAGUACAAUCGCAGAAGUUUGUGACACAUCACUUUUAGCGAGAAGAGUCGUGCUCUUGAGAUCGGAUGAAUGAAUUUAAGGAAAAAAAUGAAACUCAUGGAACAUCUAACUGCUUUGAAUGUACCUAGUAGUUAACAAACCUCUACCCUUAAUUUAUCCGAUAAAUUUAGGAAAAUUCUUGGUAUUUUUUUAAUAAAAUGAAAUCUAUAUCUACAAAUACUGUCGUACGACAUUAUUAUGUUCAUUUGAAAAAUAGGUUUGAAAUUCAAUUUUAUCGAGCGUCCACCUUUAAAAACUAAAAUGUCUCUUAACUUCUAUUAUUGACGUUUUUAAAGUUGUAAAGUUGAAUGAUCAAUGUUAAGAGUUUUACUAAGUAACAAAAAAAAUGUUAGAAAAUAACGAAAUUAAUUAUUAAUUGUUAAAAUGUAGAAAUUAACGAAAAUGUCGAGUUCACAUCGCACAAAAUGAUGUAGUGUGUUGAUUUUAACGUUUUUAUCCUUGUGUGUGUUUUGUAAAGUGUUUUUAACCGUUUUUAAUAUAUUUUAAAGUUGCUCAAAAAUUCAAAGGAGAAAACUGCUGAUUUAUUCCAUUUUACUCUUUCCUCUCUUUACUUAUUGAUAACCAUAUCGAAAUUUCACAUUUAAAUAUUGACAAAAAAAUAAUAACAAUCAACUAACUGCCAAAUUAUUAUCAGACAGAGAAGAAAACAUUUUAACCGAAUUUUAACAAGUUGUGUGUCAAAAAUACAUCUUCACAUCUAUUAAUUUUCGUGUGUAUGCUUAAGUAUAUAAGAAAUAUCAUUCUAAAUUCAUUAUUAAAACUUAAGAUAUUAUAAAAAUGGAGGGUGUAUUUGGCUGGUCAAUUUUAGGUGUGAAAAAUUAAAUUCGAUUGUUAGAUCGAUUCGAUCGGGGGGGGACCUUAAAUAUAAUUCUACUUUGUAUUUAAAUGUGAUAAGAUAACUGAAUCAAGCAAUGGAUUUAUAUAAAUGAUUGAUUUAUAUAACAGCCAUAUUAAAUGAAUGAUUUAUAUAACAGCCAAACUCAGAGACGUUUAGUAAUUUUAAUGAUUGUUGAAAACAAGUAUUUUGCUUGUGUUAUUCUAUUGUUAUCGCAAAAAGAAAGUGAGAGCAUCAACUUUAAUCGAACUUAAAAUUGGCUUAAUAUCUCUGAGUGCGAUCUUAAGUAACAGUCGAAUAAAUUACGAAUUGCCACCUUACCGCCAUAUUGGCUUUAUAGUAAUAUAAGUUAUUUACGGGAU